AUGGUGAACCCAAUGAGGGAAGGAGAGAACAAAUGCCCAGUUUGUGGGUCAGAAUUUACAGAGGCAAUAAUGGAGAGUCUGAGAUCAGAGCAUAACGAAGGCAGCGAUUUGAUCAGAUCAGCCUCUGUAUUCUCUCUUUACGCGCCAAUAUUACUGGGCUUGAUGAGUGCUCUCAGACCUGCUUUAGCAACCGUCAGCAAUAAUAACAACAUCGAUGGUUUAAGUUCAAGGGAGGGGGAAGACGACGAGCAAGAGGUGGAACAGCGCAGUGACCUUGUGGUGAGAAGAAGAAGGCGAAGAAGAGCAUCGUCCACUUCUCUCAUGCUGGUCUUUCGUCGUGUCCACGAUAGGACGGGCCAGCCAGAAUCUGAUCAGAAUACUAACACAGAAAACAACCAUAGAAACAAUAACGGUGGUGAUAGCAAUAAUAACGUGAACCUCAACGUGGUUGUGAUUGAUCCGUUCAACGAAGAGGCUUUGAUUCUGCGAGGUCCUUCACUGAUUAACAACGCUACGAGUACUACUCCGUUGAUCGAGAAUCCGAUGGGGUCUCUAGGUGACUUUCUGGAGGGGCCUGGGUUUGGGUUGUUGCUGCAACAUUUGACGCAGAAUCAUGAACCUAAUAGAUAUGUGAAUAACGUGAACCCGCCGGCACAGAAGGCGGCGAUAGAAGCAAUGCCGACGGUGAUCACGGUGGAGAACAUGCGGUGCAUAAUAUGUUUGGAGGAUGCAGAGAUUGGGAGUGAAGUGAAGGAGAUGCCGUGUGGGCAUAAGUUUCACAGUGACUGCAUUAUCUCGUGGCUGAAACUUCGGAGUUCUUGCCCGGUUUGUAGGUUUCAGAUGCCGUCCGACGCUUCCAAGGUUGAAGUCAACGGUGGACGUCGGAAUGAAGGCGAUCCGAGCAAUGAUCAAGUGAUGGAUAGAGAACAGAGGAUGAGUUUUGGAAGAAGGAACUGGCUUUCCAUAUUGCAGCCAUUCGAUUACUUUCUUCCUUCUCCUUGA